AUGCAUAGCCUACUCUAUUCACAUUGCAAGUCAGCUACAUCUUCAAACCUGCGAAUAUCGAUCCAUCCAUCACGAUCUAAAGUAAAUAUAACAAGAAUUAUUUCUCAUUCUCGUGCAGAUAUUGAAAACAACCACGCAAGAGUCCUAAAUUUAAUUAAGAGUGAAGACCAAAGAAAAAAAGAAGGCAACUUAAAUGAGGACUUAUAUAAUCAGUACCAGUCGCUGUACAAUCGUCUUACCAAAGAGUAUACGCAAGCAUCUCCUCGUGGAAUAAAGCGGGUUUCUUCACUCUCUUCCACUAGCUCAGACUCUGAGCGCUUUUCAUCGGAUGACACAGAAUUUAGUCUUUCAGAUUUCAGGUCAAGAUCACAAAGGGAACGUUAUUCUUCAUUUAUCAAUACUCCUGAAGGAUUCCAGACUCCAAAAUCAAUAGAAACAAAUGAAUUUGAAGCACAUGAAGUGAAACAAUUACGCGCGAAGAAUGCUGAGCUUGAAAAAUCAGUGUCAGUGUUACAUGCGAAACUCAAGAGCAAUGAGGAACAUGUAAUGUCCAAAAAUUCAGAUUUCAUGACACGAAUUAACAAGCUCGAACUAGAAGCUAAAUCUCUUUGGAACAACAAAGGCAAACUUGAAGAAAAGAUAAAAUGUUGUAGAAAUGAAGCAUUGAACCAAAAGAAGGAAUUGACCAAUGAGAUUAAUUUCAUGCAACAAAAAUUUGAGUCUGUAUGCAACAGCAACAAAGAAUUGGAGGCUCAGCUAGAAAAUGAGAGGAGAACAGUUUCACAAUGUUUGAUUAGGAUAACAAAUUUGGAGGAGAAUUUAGCUGAAGCUGCUUCAAAUGAACAAAGUCUGCUAAAAGAGAAACAAUGUUUCAUUCAAAAGAUAGAGGAUUUGGAAUCUCGAUGCAGAAAAGAAAACGAUUUGGAAGAACAGUUAAGAAAUGCAUGGUGUGAGAUAAACGCUUUGCAGAAACAAAAAAGCGAAUUAGAGUUACAAAAUGAACAAAGCCAAAAGGAAUAUUCACAAACGAUAAAGAAGCUAACAGAAACUAUUGAUCUAAUACAUGAAGAGAAUAAACGUUCCAAAAUGAAUAUGCAAUUAAUGGAAAGGAAAAUGGAAGACAAUAUUCGCAUGUUGCAUCGGAGGAUCCACGUGGCAGAACUACUGAAUAUCGAAAACAAAGACAGUUGCAAAUUAACAAAGCAAAAGUAUGAGGAAGAGAACAAAAUGCUUGGUAAAAGAAUUACUGAUUUUGAAGAUGAAAUUAGGACUUUAAGAGCGAAGGUGUGGAAAUUAGAGGAUGAUGUGAGCAAGGAAGGAGAAGAGAAAAUGAAUUUGAUGAAAACAGUGACACAGUUUGAAAGGGAAAUGGAGAAAUUGGAAAAGAAACUGAAAGAUAAAGAUGAUGAGUUGGUUAACCUUGGGGAGAACAAGAAGGAAGCAAUAAGACAACUUUGUUUUUUACUCGAGUUUCAUCGCGAUCGUUGUCUCUAUCUAAAGGAUUUGAUAAUAAAGAUGAAGGUAAAGCACAAGAAGUGA